AUGAAGGUUCCAUUUUUUUUAUGUUUGGCUGUAAUGUCCAGUUUGACAGCAUCUAAAAAUGUUUUCAACUUUAAAGAUUUAGGAUUGAAGGGGGUUCCAGCUGAGAAGAGAGAUGCCAAAAAUAUUGUAAAUUUCGCAGAUUUGCAAAACGAAGUUGCUCAUGCUCAUUCUUCCAUCACCAAGAGGAAAAAUGUAUUCAACUUGUCCGAAUUUGUCACUAGUCUUGACUCUAAUGGCAAAAGAGAGGCAAAGAACAUUUUUGAUGUGAGUGAGUACUUGAAAGUCCACCAUCUAGUUGAACGCGAUAACCAGCAGUACGUUUUGGAUGACAAUCACUUGACAUUCACAUUAAACGAAGCUGACUCUUGUAACAAUUUAUUACAAUCGAUCUUACCUCAGUUGAAAUCGAUUUCUAUAUUUGCCGGUUAUAUCCGGAACAACAAGGAAAUUGACGGUAAAACAGAGUCGAUCGACCAACAUAUGUUGAUCAUUGCACCAACUGAUGAAGCGAUUGAAACUAAACUACGCAACUUAAAACCAUGGGAAUUCCCACGUUCUUUAGAAAGCGUAUCGAAUGAAGAAGAGCAAGAGAAAAUAAUAAAAGAGAAUUUAGAAAACUAUUUAUUUGGUCAUAUAGUUACAAAUUUCGAGGACAAAUUAACUAUUGAAAAAGUUAAAGGUGAAUCUGGAAAGAUUGUUCUGACAACUUUGAACAAUGGGAAAACCUUACACAUCAAACAAAAUCAACUUAAUGGAUUUUUCUUUGUCAAACUUUCAGGAGAUGAAAACGGUUGGAUUCCUGUGGAAACCGUCAAGCAGGUUGAAAAUGGAUUCAUCUUGAUUAUCGAUGACUCAUUGGUAAAACCUUCGAUGUAG